AUGACGGAUAAUAUAAUAACGCCAGCACAGCCACCACCCUCUCCACCCACCACCACCUGCCCCUACCUCCACCCUCUCCACCCUCUUCACCCACCACCACCUGCCCCUACCUCCACCCUCUCCACCCAUCACCACCUGCCCCUACCUUCACCCUCUCCACCCAUCACCACCUGCCCCUACCUCCACCCUCUCCACCCACCACCACUUGGCCCUACCUCCACCCACCACCACCCUCUCCACCCACCACCACUUGGCCCUACCUCCACCCUCUCCACCCACCCACACCUGCCCCUACCUCCACCCACCACCACCCUCUCCACCCACCACCACCUGCCCCUACCUCCACCCUCUCCACCCAUCACCACCUGCCCCUACCUUCACCCUCUCCACCCAUCACCACCUGCCCCUACCUCCACCCUCUCCACCCACCACCACUUGGCCCUACCUCCACCCUCUCCACCCACCACCACCCUCUCCACUCACCACCACUUGGCCCUACCUCCACCCUCUCCACCCACCUCCACCCACCCACACCUGCCCCUACCUCCACCCACCACCACCCUCUCCACCCACCACCACCUGCCCCUACCUCCACCCUCUCCACCCACCACCACCUGCCCCUACCUCCACCCUCUCCACCCAAAACCACCUGCCCCUACCUCCACCCACCACCACCUGCCCCUAACUCCAGCCUCUCCACCCACCACCACCUGCCCCUACCUCCACCCUCUCCACCCAAAACCACCUGCCCCUACCUCCACCCUCUCCACCCACCACCACCUGCCCCUACCUCCACCCACCACCACCUGCCCCUACCUCCAGCCUCUCCACCCACCACCACCUGCCCCUACCUCCACCCUCUCCACCCAAAACCACCUGCCCCUACCUCCACCCACCACCACCUGCCCCUAA